CGCAUAGGUAUUGGACAGUGGAUACACACUAGGAGCGCUCCUUGUAAUGUUUGCGCUAAAUCCGAAGUAACUUGAAGCCCCGCGUGUUUCGAACUUCUUUCUGUAAAGAUGAUUAUCAAGGAAUAUCGUGUAAUUUUACCUAUGACAGUUGAGGAGUACCGUGUUGGGCAGUUGUACUCAGUUGCCGAAAGUUCCAAAGGUGAAACUGGUGGCGGUGAUGGUGUACAGAUUUUAGUGAAUGAACCGUUUGAUCAACACACUUAUAAACCGGAUCGUCCUUUACUGAAAGGUGAUCCAAGGUUCACUACUGGACAGUACACACACAAACAUUACCAUCUUGCACGUAAAGUACCUGGAUUUGUGCGUAUGGUUGCCCCUGAAAGUGCACUUGUUUUCAAUGAAUAUGCAUGGAAUGCCUAUCCAUACUGCAGGACUAUUAUUACAAACAAUUACAUGCAAGAGAAAUUUAAUGUUACAAUCGAGUCACUGCAUGUGGAUUCCGAUAUCAACAUGGAAAAUCCUCAUCAGUUAACUCCACAACAGUUAGCUGAGCUUGAAAUUAUCUACAUAGAUAUUGGUGACAUCAAUCCAUCAGAUAAAGAUUACAAUCCAAGCGAAGAUCCUACAACCUUUCAAUCUGCUAAAACUGGUCGUGGUCCCUUAGGACCUAAAUGGUGGGAGAAUGGUUAUGAAGGACCGAUUAUGUGUGCUUAUAAACUUGUUAUGUGUGAAUUUAAAAUGUGGGCAAUGCAAGGACGUGUAGAGAAGAUGAUUCAACGUCAAGAACGACGAUUAUUUGCCAAUUUUCAUCGCCAAGUAUUCUGUUGGAUGGAUAAAUGGCACGGGUGGACAAUGGAUGAUGUAAGAAGACAUGAAGAACGUACUAAACAAGAAUUAGAAGAGCAACGUAAACGAGGCAGUCUACGUGGUCAUGUCACAGAGGAAUAAAUGCGCAUCUCUUUGGUAGUAUUAUUUAUUUUUCUUUCACCCUGUCGGAUUGUUGCAUAAUGAUAACAGCAGCUCCAGCAGAAAAACACAUCACAUCCAAGAACGAUCGUCAUUUCUCUCCCAACUGCUAUCUAUCUAUCCCCCUUUUUUUUGUUUUUCAAAAAAUUCUUUUCUUUUGUAUUCAUCAACCACGUCAACUUUGAAUUGGUUGCAGUAUUUUCUUCUUCUUUCCUUGCCUUUGAUUCUCUGAAGUCUUCUUCCACGACUUUUGUGAAUGUAUAAUCUUAUUUUUAAAAACUCAAACUUGUAGAUCUCCUUUUCUGAUUACUUUGUGUUUAUAUUUUACUCACGUGUUUAACUUACUGAAUAUCUUCCUGUCUCUUUCAUGCACAUAAUGCUGAUUAAUAUUUCCUAUGGGGUGAAUGAAUGAAUAACUUUAAACACGUGUGUAUAGUUGCGUCAUCUACUUUCUUCUAGUUAGUUACCUCAUUGGCUUUUCCUACUCCUUUGCUUCGCAUUGCUUUGCUUAGCUUCACUCACCUCACUUCAAUCUAAUCACCUCCUUAUGUGGGUGGGUAUACACACACAUAUAAUAUUGCAUACAUACAAAACUGUCAAUUUAUGGCUAUAAAAAUACCUCUCUGUGUACACUACAAUGUGUGAGUGUGUGGGCGUGUGUGCGUGUUCAGGAUAUAUUUAGCCAUAGUAUUCUCAGAAAUUAUGCUUAUAUAUAUAUAUAUAUAUAUAUA